AUCCGGGCCUUUAACAUCAAGGCUGCGGUGUCGUACCGGAGGCUUUCAGUCUCGUCGUUUCCCGGUGCUCGGCUGGCCGCCAGCACCUGCGCUGCAGAUAUGGGAAAAUCACUUUCUCACUUGCCUAUGCACACAUGCAAGGAAGAUAGCUGCAAUGGAACCGCAGUGUCUGAUAGUAUGAGGAAUGGAUUAGUUAACUCAGAAUCACACAACGAAGACAGCAGAUGUGGAGAUGUGUCGCAGUUUCCCUAUGUGGAAUUUACAGGAAGAGACAGUGUUACUUGCCCAACUUGCCAGGGAACAGGAAGAAUUCCACGAGGACAGGAAAAUCAGCUGGUAGCAUUAAUUCCAUAUAGUGAUCAGAGACUGAGGCCAAGGAGAACAAAGCUCUAUGUGACUGCGUCUGUAAUUGUAUGUUUACUACUUUCUGGGCUGGCUGUAUUCUUCUUGUUUCCUCGCUCAAUUGACGUUGAAUACAUUGGUGUGAAGUCAGUUUACGUCAGUUAUGAGCGGAGUAGUCGUAUAAUAUAUCUCAAUAUCACGAGCACACUAAAUAUAACAAAUAACAACUAUUAUUCUGUUGAAGUGGCGAAUAUCACAGCUCAAGUUCAGUUUUCAAAAACAGUUAUUGGCAAAGCACGGCUAAACAACAUCACCAACAUUGGUCCUCUGGAUAUGAAACAGAUUGACUAUAUGGUGCCCACAGUUAUACAAGAUGAAAUGAGCUAUAUGUUUGACUUCUGUACUUUAGCAUAUAUCAAAGUGCAUAACAUAGUAGUGAUGAUGCAAGUGACAGUGACAUCCUCUUACUUUGGCCACUCUGAGCAGACAUCCCAGGAGAGAUACCAGUAUGUGGACUGUGGAGGAAACACAACCUACCAGCUGGGCCAGUCAGAAUAUUUAAAUGUGCUUCAGCCUCCACAGUAAAAGCACCUGUUGGUUAGUGUGGAAUGACUGCUGAUCCUUGUAGAGAUCCUUUGAGUAGGACUGGUACUACCUGAAGAGGAGGAUAUAUGCAUGCGAAGCAUAGCGAACAUGAUGACCUGAUCACUUUAGAUGCCAGGAGGGAAAAGGUGCAAAAUGUACAUAGAUGCACUUGUUAAAUGUUGUGUUUUCCCCUUCUGUUUGCUUUCUAUUACUGCAAGCACUUCUGUCAUGUGGUGGGACGGAGAAGGGGAAUAUCAGAUUCUUGAAUUGAAUUGGGACCUUUCCUUACAGUGCGGUACAUCAACUUACAGUGACCGUGUGUGUCUGUGUUUAGGUGAAAUGUGUCACUAAUGAGCAUUUUAGAAAAAUUGAUACUCAUAAAUUUUAAGUUCAUACUUAAGUUCUUGAUAUUUGACUAUUGAAACUGGCAGUAUUACUACUUAAGUAACAAGAUUACUUUGAGGUAUCUGACUGUUAGACUUCUGUUAGUAACCCAGUGGUGAUAGUUCUUUAUUUUGGGGUUCUACUUUUUCUUUGCUAUACAUGAUUAGAGGUGACAUGCAGUCCAUGAAAGCCAGGAAAGCUCUCUUGGAUGACACUAUACCUGAAUGUGCAACUUCCAGAAUCUGGCAUCAUUUCAUUUGUAUUCCCUCCUGCUACCUCUGGGACGUUAUAAGGAGAAUGUAUGUUGUUAGAUUUAAAGUUGAGUUUAAAAACAAAACAAAAACCAACCUCCCAAAGUCAUUACCGACAAAGGAAAAAUUCCAGACUGUAGUAAAUGAAUGAGUGAAAACUUAGUGUCUUUCUACUUUGAUUUUUAGUAAACUUCUGAGUUUCAGCUGUUGAUUUAAAAAUCAAGAUUGUACAGUUGGAACUAGGGGGCAUACUGUUUGAGCACGGGUUUGGGCAGCUUGUAAAUUUUCCUAAGUUUUAUUGGUUUAAUAUACUAUGUAUCUAAGCUACUUGUGUUAAUAUGUUUGGGUGUGCAUAUUUAGUGCACAAGCUCAGCAGGCAAUGCAGUAGCCACCUGAAUCUCCAGAGCACUCAAAAUUCACAUCAAAGUUCUGUAAGGGAGAGUAAAGCAAUUCUUUCUGUAAAUGUAAAUGCUGAUGUAAUCAUGAGACUGACUUAAAACAAAGCUAUGAAAUCAUUUCAGUAGGAUAGUUUGCACAAUGAGAAAUUCUGGGGUUAUUAUCAAAUGUGGUGAUUGUAAAUAUGGGGUCCAAAGUUGCUUGACUUCUUAAGACUGACUAUUGUAAGGGUCAGGUACAAAACUUUUUAAUUAACUAGAUCAGAACUGUUUUAUUUCUAAAUCAGAUGAGAUGCAGCUGUAAGAAGGUACUAUUGAGACUGUUGUAUUGUAAUGAAUAAUUUUUUUUUAAGUAGGUGGUGUGGUUUUUACGUUGCCCAUCUCCUGGAAAUAAGCUGUAUAAGAUGAAUUAGUAAACACUAUGGGAAAAGGCUGCUGAAUAACUUCUUGCAACUAACAAUCUGUUACGCUUCAGUACUUCAGUGAAGGCACAUGUCUUUAUUACUCUUUUUUUUUUCUUCACUGGCCUUUCCUUUGUGGACCUAAUUGGGUGGGUGGGGAAGAGAAUUUUGAUGAUGUAAUUUUUGAUUUAAAAGAAAUUAGGUAACCAUACAAAAAAACCCUCCUCUGUUGGAAUUCCUUUGAGCACUUAUUCCAAAUGUCUAUUAAAGAUUUUGGAACCCAACC